CGCCCCAAAGCCAGGAUUCAGACCUGCCUGGUGUUCCUAGACUAAGGAGUGACAAGCAGACAUGGCUCAGUUUGCACAGGUCAUGGCUGAAGUGGGCGACUUUGGUCGCUUCCAGAUACAGUUGACUAUCCUGAUGGCCAUCCCCAAUUUCCUGUCUGGGUUCUUCGUGUUUGGUCAGGUCUUCAUGGUCCUUGAUGAAGCCCACCACUGUUCAGUGUCCUGGGUCAAGAACCACACUCUAAACCUGAGUGCAGCUGAGCAGCUGGCCAUAAGCAUACCCAAUGACACAUCAGGCAGGCCCGAGUCCUGCCUCAUGUUCCGGCCACCUCCUGACAGUGCCAGCCUGGAAGACAUCCUCAGCCACCGCUUCAAUGAGACACAGGCCUGCGACUCAGGCUGGGAGUACCCUGAGAACAGGCCUUUGUCCCUAAAGAAUGAGUUCGACCUGGUGUGUGACAGGAAGAGCCUGAAGGGGGCCUCCCAGUCGGUGUUCAUGGCUGGACUCCUCGUUGGGGCCCUCAUCUUUGGGCCCAUCUGUGACUGGAUUGGCCGCAGACUGUCCCUCCUGGUGCAGCUGCUUCUGGUAGGUAGCACAGGCCUUGCCACAGCCUUCGUGCCCAGCUUUGAGCUCUACCUGACCCUGCGCUUUGUCUUGGCGACUGCUGCCGCUGGGUAUUUACUAAGCACCAAUGCCCUGCUUUCAGAGUGGGUGGGGCCAUCCUGGAGAACACGAGCCAUGGUGCUGGCCCAGAGCAGCUUUGCCCUUGGGCUGAUGCUAUUAGCAGGCCUGGCCUAUGGCGUCCACAACUGGAGACUCCUUCAGAUAAUUGGCACCACACCAAUCUUCCUGCUCUUCUUCUACUUCUGGGUUCUGCCAGAAUCUCCAAGGUGGCUCCUCUCCCAAGGAAGGACAGAGGAGGCCAAGCAACUGGUCCAGAAGGCAGCCUCUGUGAACAGGCGGCCACUUCCUCCAGAGCUCCUGAACCAGCUCGUCCCUGAGAAGACAGGCCCCUCGGGGAACGCCUUGGAUCUCUUCAGACACCCUCAUCUCAGGAAGGUGACUCUGAUUCUCAUUGCUGUCUGGUUUGUGGACAGUCUGAUAUAUUAUGGCCUCAGCUUCCAAGUGGGAGACUUUGGCCUGGAUAUUUACCUGACACAGCUGAUAUUUGGAGCAGUGGAAAUGCCUGCCCGUCUUUCCAGCAUCCUCUUGAUGGAGAAGCUGGGUCGCAAGUGGAGCCAGUUGGGUUCUCUGACACUGGCGGGUACCAUGUGCAUCAUUGUCAUCUUCAUCCCAGGAGAUCUUCCCAUGGUGGUCACCGUGCUGGCCGUGGUGGGGAAGUUUGCCUCAUCUGCUGCCUUCACCACAUCCUACGUGUACACUGCUGAGCUCUUCCCCACCAUCAUCAGGCAAACAGGCAUGGGCUUGGUGAGCAUCUUCUCCAGGGUCGGUGGCAUCAUCUCGCCGCUGGUGAUGCUGCUGGAGCAGUACCACAAGGCGGUCCCCAUGCUCAUCUUUGGCAGCCUCCCCAUCGGGGCAGGCCUUCUGUGUGCUCUGCUGCCUGAGACACGGGGCCAGACCCUGAAGGACACCCUCCAGGACCUCGAGCUGAGGCACCCCCCACGGUCCCUCAAAACGUCACCCCAGAGAAAUGGAAUGGAGGCCACGGAGCAGAUGUCCAGGAUGCGGGUGGCUGUUGUGAGCAGCUCAUACUUCUGACUGUGGUCGCUGAGAUCCAGCCCAUCAAAAACAGAGGACUUCCCACGCCAUUUUCUUGUUUGAUCAGGAUGCAUAGCACACAGGAUCCGUCCAGCCUUGGCCAUAGCCCCAAGCUCGCCCCUGCAGAGGCUGACGGAAGCAUCAGACACAGUCCCCUCUCUCUUCCACAUCGCUCACACACAGACUGCACCCCAGCGGCGUGACUGAGUUAGGGCUUGGGUCUUCCUUGGUCUUCUCUGACAGUCUCCAUGGUUAUGGCCUCACUGUUCCCCUCAGUCUGGAAUACUGCACUUCCACAAAGACAAAACAAAACCAACCCCCCUCCCAAACAACUUCAGCUCAAACCCAGAGCAGGGCAGCAGGCAGACCAACUGUGGGAGUAGGCUAACAAAGAAAAAAAAUAUUUCGCAUUUACUUUGAAGAUCCUUUUUUCCUGGCUAGUGGCCAGGUUGUGCCUUGCUUAUGUGAGGCUGACUAGGGGAAGGGACUGAUCAGCUCUUCCUCCACAUCGCUGUGCUCUGCUGCCCAAGUAGGGGAGGAAGAAAACAGAGCUCCUUUCACUUCGCUGCUGCUACUUGCUAUAUCCCAGCAUGCCCCCGCUCAGUAGCAGUCUGCAUUUGACAGCAGCCACGCGGUGGCUCUGCUACCAUGGCACUUUCAUGGGUUCGUUUAGAGGUUCUCUGUGUUGUCUGCCAGUGUGUGUACCAUCUCCCACCCUUGUUUACAGACUGUGAGUAGCUGGGGACAAGCUGGUGUGUGCAUUUAAAAAUGUACUAUGGCUCAUUCCGUUAGGCUCUCAUUAGUGAUUGCCCACCAGCAGUUUAGAAGCUAAGACUUCUGGGAGCCCAGAGGAGAUACUUCCCAGCUCAGGUCUCCUCUGUGUCUUGAGGAUGAGAUCACAACAGAAGGGAGAAAUCUUGGGGAUCAUGGCGGCUGGCAUAUGCCAUUCCACACCUGUCCUUUAGGGGUGCUGUUGAAUAGAGACUAGCUGGUACACAGUAUCCUGGUACUCAGUGCCGAGGUUCUCUUGGCUGGGGCUGGUUCAACAUCUCCAUCUCAAGCACUGGCAUCAGGGGUCUUCCAGAUCUGGUCCCCAGCCUUCCUAUUUUAUAACGGGUGCUUUUGCCCAGCAUGCAGGAGGCCAUGAAUUUGAUUCACGUUACUCUCACCGACCCACAUACUUGCACAAAAUGAGUGAUACCAAACCUCACACUCUGCUUAGGCAAGCAAAAAUCUGGCAGUCUGCUGUCUUCAGGUGACUUCUGGGACUAAGAUCACUGUACUAUACAUCUUGAAUUCUUGGCUUUUCAUGUCCACACCGUUCCUGUCCUUUGAUCACUGUUUCUUCUUCCUCCUCCUCUUCCUCCUCCUCCUCCUCUUCUUCUUCUUUUGAUUACUGUUUCUUUACCUCGACAUGGUCCUCAGGAGCCUGUGCCUUAGCUCAUCCAGUUCCUCCCACAAGUGUAAACCUGUGUCCUGGGAACUGUUGCCUAACACCAGCAGACCCCGCAUGUUCCCAGGACUCUGUCCCUUGCCUCUCAUAGUGGUCCUUCUUGGCCAUCAUGUCCUUUCACUUGUCAAACUCAUCUCUCUCUUGUGUGUGUGCAUGCUUUCUUGUUCCCUGGUCUCACCUCUGUAACUCCAGAUUAUGUACCCAUUCUUUCACAACUUAUCUAGGUGAAUGGCAGCCACUCCUUCUAUCCCAGUUGCUGACAUCCUUUGGAGAAAACCCUUUUCUAUCCAGAUCUCAAAAGCAUCUGGCAUAUAAUGAAUAGAUGAGUGAAUCUUGUCCAGAUACCUCGUUUUCUUACUAUAGCAUCUAUUCUAGAUGCUUUUGUGUCUAUUGCAUGGCAUGUGGAUACUGUACUUGAAUAGAGCAGAAGAGCGCAUCAGAUCCCCUGAGCUAGAGUUACAGAUGUACGUAAGCUGCCCAAAGUAGGUGCUGGAUGGGAACUGAUGUUCUCUGGAAGAGCAGCAAGAUCUCCUUGCUGGGUUUGUGCAUAAGUAUUGGUUCCCCCCCCCCAUGGAACAUCUUGUUUUCUCCAUCUAUGGUGAUUGAAAGCUUCACUGGGUAUAAUAGUCUGGGCUGACAUCUGUGGUCUCUUAGGGUCUGCAUGACAUCUGCCUAGGCCCUUCUGGCUUUCAUAGUCUCUAUUGAGAAGUCAGGUGUGAUUCUGAUAGGUCUACCUUUAUAUGUUACUUGGUCCUUUUCCCAUGAACACCUGGGAGGCCUUGUGAAGAAGAAAGGUUCUAUGUCUGAGACCCCAAGAGGAUUUCUGUCCCUUCCCCAGUAAGUGGAGACUUGAGCCUACCAUGAACUGAAGAAUAGCUGUAAGAACGGUUCUUUGUGAUGCUAGCUUUUAUCUAAUAGCAAAUUCAGAUUCUCAUUCUCUCUCUGUGUGUGUCUGUUUGUAUAUAUGUAGGUGCACAUGUGUUCCUAUGCACAUUUGUAGAAGCCAGAGGUCAGCCUUGGGUGUCAUUUGGAGCCAUGCACCUUCUCACUGUCUGUCUCUGUCCUGUAGGCAGAAAGUUAUUAUGUAAUUCAAACGCUGAUUUCUGUACCACCUGUAUCUGGUUGCAAUCUUUGUUCUGAGAAUCUCCUGUCUCAAUGUUGUGUAAACACUGCCUUCUAAUUGUCUCCUAACAUGUCAAUAAAACAGCUGACAGCCAAUGGGUGAGCAGGGGAGAGAAUAAGGCUGUACUUCCUGCCAGCCAGGGGAGGAGGAGUUAGAAGAGGAAGUAGGGGAUUCAGUCAGGGGAGAGGUCCAGGAGACAUCUGGAGAGGAGCUGGGGCAGGAAAGAUACAAAGUGCAAGUAUCUCUGGGAUGUAAACUGGGAGGAAGCCAAAGUAGCUUAAAGGAUUAAGAAUAGAGUGAUGACUGCUCAGUUAUUAUAUUGUGAAGCUUAUUAUUAAACAAAUAAAACAGAGUCUCAAGUAUCUGUGUAAUGGCCAGGUUAAGAGGCAAACAUAGUUUUAUGAAAAUUAACAUUAACACUGUCAUUUCUCUGUCUUCUUUUUGUCUCUCUCUCUCUCUCUCUCUCUCUCUGUACAUGCAGGAAUCAGGGUCAACAUUAGGUGUCUUUUCAACCACUUUCCACCUUGGUUUGAGAUGUGGUCUCUUACUGAACCUGAAGCCCUUUGAUUCAGAUAGUUGGACUGACCAGUGAACCUCUGGGACCUGUUUUCAUUCUAACCUCCCUCCCACUCCUGUAGUGCUCGGAAUGCAGGCAUAGGGGGCUGUGCUUUUAGAUUUGAAUUCAGGUCCUCAUGCUUAUGUGACCAGCACCUUACCAACUGAGCCAUCUCCCCAACCCCUCCAUCUUGUUUUAUGAGAUAGGAUCUGUCGCUGGAACCCGAGAUGUGACAAUAAAGCAGGCAGGCUGGCCAGCUGGCUUCAGGGGUCCACCUGACUCUGCAAACACAAGCCACCCCUUCCAGCUUUUCACGUGGGUCCUCUAUGCUUAUAUGAUGAGCCCUUAGCCUGCUGCAUUGUCUCCUAAGUCCUGCCUCCUAAUUUUUCUCAACCAGUUUUGCCAGUGUCAUGAGCCGAUGGAGAAAUUGGGCAAGUGUGGGCCCAGCCUCCUUUGCUGUCAUCCCUGCUUCUUGCUGGAUAUCUUUGAGCCAUGUCGUUGGGCUAGAGUCAGGAUCCUUUAGAUCCCCUGCUUCCCCAUGAUCGGUUUGGCUUGGCUUCUGGUCCUGUGUUGAUUCCCCACUGCUACUCCAAGAAAAAAGACUGGGGACCCGUUUCCACUAGCGGAAGAGGGUUCUGAAUGUGAGGGAGGUGGGUCAGACAAAGGCAGUUCAAGCUGGCGGAUGGGGAGGUAUCCCAGAGGCAGAGAGGUAUAGCGCAGAACCCAGGCAUAGGGUCGGGAAGGCUAGAAGGACAGCUGUAGAGUGUGGCUUUAUUUGCUGUCAGUCUAGAAGGCAGUUCGGGCAAAGGCACAAGGCAGUUUGCCUCGUUGUGGCAGUUCGCCUUCCUGCCUUAACUGUCGUAGAGAAUAAACGAUAUUGGCCUAAUAAUGCUUAUUAUUAUCCCUAUGAUUAUUCUGGUGAUAUUAUUUAACCUGUUCUUACAACCAAUAAAAGACACAGAUAGCUGUUAGAUUUUAGAUUUGUCUUAUUUCAGCUUGGGCUGAAAUAAUCCAUCUAUGCCAUCUCCUUAUCUCUUAGCCUCCCUCCCAUGCCUUCUGCUUUAACCAUUUCUAUCUGGACUACUUUCCAUCCACAAUUCCAAAAUAAUUGCUUGCAUUCUUCAUCUGGGCCAUUCCUUUCCACAUGAUUCUCAGAGUCUUUCCUCCCUGCACAUGUGAUUCUUUUUUUAAUUCCCAUAACACUAUGCUUUCUCCUUACUCCUUCACCUUCUCCUCCUUCCUGUGCUUCUCCUCUGGCCCCCCAAGCCUUUGAACCUUAGACAUGCUGUCCAUUCGCCCUGCUCAGGUGUGUCAGCUUUUUAUUGGUCAAACAUGAAUAAGUUUUUAGGCAAGGUUACAAACAUCAUUUUGGGGUACAAGAGUGUCUGCUCAUAAAAGACAGCAAGCAGACAUUGGGGAACAAAUUAACAAUCAAAUACAAAACACCAGUUCAUGUGGUUACACUUAGCCAAUUCUGGCCCCAAGACUGGCCACUUGUGUGCCAGGAGCUGGCCCUCAUCAUCGCCAACCCACCCUCUCCGUCCCAUUGUGACACCGUCUCCCCAGCUACCAACGGAACCCUCAGCGUUCUGCUUCCAAGGCUAUGGUUGGGUCUGGGCAACAGUCAGGUGGGUCCUGGCUUCGGCUUGUGGCCCUGUCUCCAGGUAGGCGGGACCGAGGGUGCGCGGGGAAGGGGGUGUGUGAUGGCACCUGGUGACUGUGGGGCUGCACGCUCAGCACAAGUGUGGACAGGAACGCCCCUGAGCCAGUUCCGCUGUGGGAACUCUGUGGGAAGAGCAGGCUGUCCUCACAGGAAGUGUGAGUUCUUAGCUGUGGCACCUGCUCAUUUCCUGCAUGCAGGUGGAGUGGUGGACCCUGUUCUUCCAGCAGGACUUUUGAGUCCAGUGGAAGAGGGAUGCUCAGGAGCCUCGCUGCCUCCUAGACCUGUGGGUGUUCAGUGGAGAGGGGGUGCUCAGGAGCCUCGCUGCCUGCUAGACCUGUGGGUGUUCAGUGGAGAGGGGGUGCUCAGGAGCCUCGCUGCCUGCUAGACCUGUGGGUGUUCAGUGGAGAGGGGGUGCUCAGGAGCCUCGCUGACUGUCAGUUGUGGUUUUCUGUAAAAGACACCUAUAGGUGUGCUAAGAGAGUAAUCUCAUGGGGCCCGCAAAGAACUACAGGCAAGUAAAGAAUGCUGAGCUGGGGGAAAUACAGGUCUUCCCUGAGGAAGAGCCCCCAAAUUGGUUAUCCAGCACCCAGUGGUCAGCCCUGAAACCAUGUACAUGCACAUACAAGUAACACUGUAUUGGCCGAGUAGAUUGUAUUAAUAUAUUUAGGUGCGAGUGUGUGUGCGUGUGUGUAUGUGUGUGUGUAACAACUAAGGAAAUAGAGCCAUGAAUGUUAGAGCGAGCAAGGGGGCACAUGGGAAGCACUGGAGGGAAGAAAGGGAUGGGGGAAUGAUGGAAUUAUAGAUUAAUUUAAAAAGCGCUGUUAAACAUCAAAGAGACAUGGGUGAACAUUACAUAUGAAUAUUCCUGAAAGUGAGAGGAGGGCAGGCUGCUGUGUGGUUUCAGCUUAUGUUCUGGGAAAGGCAAACUCACUAAAGCAAGAUGAUGAGUGGCUCAGAAGGGCUUGUGAGGACGGAGGAGUGUCAGAUGUGGCACGUGCCCUUGCGUGGAGGAACGUUUGUACUUUGGAGCGGUGACUAUUUUCAGUGUUAGCUAAAGCCCAGAGAACUGCAUAGCACAGAGAGUAAACCAGACAAAGCCUAAAAGUCACUUAGGAUACAAAGGGAGCCUGGGGUAGGAUGUGACAAAUGAAUUUAACUGCUACCAAUGUAUGAAUAUACAUUCACCUUUUAAAUUCCACUAUUAAAUUGUUCUUAAUGUGUUUGCACUGAA